GACACCGCAGCGUCUCGCCUGCCCGGCUAGGAUAGGGUUGCCCCCGGGGUGCUUCCAGAACACCCCCAACACACACACAAACACACACCCGCUGCGGCCGAACCCAGGGCUGUAGGGGCUAAAGAAGUCUAUGGAAGUAGAAGCCAGCACCAGAUCCCUGUUCCCUGCGGGACCCUGACAGUUGGGCAGGUGACCUCCAGGAUACAGAUGGAGAGUCUCCAGAGACAGAGGCUUUAAUGGACGAAAUUCGCAAUAACCAGCUUCAGAUUCUAAUAAGGAGGAGGGCGAAGAAUCAGUGGACGAAGCUAACCUCUUCAUACUAACACUUCAUCCUCCCACCCCUUUCCCUUCCAGGUCACCAUGUCUGCAGGCAAUGGCACCCCUCGGGGGUUAGCCGCGGGGGAGGAGGUCUGGGCUGGAUCAGGAGUAGAGGUGGAGGGCUCAGAGCAGCCCACCUUCUCAGCUGCAGCCAAGGUCCGAGUGGGAGUGACCAUUGUGCUGUUCAUUUCUUCAGCUGCAGGGAACCUGACCGUCCUUUGGUCAGUGACUCGGCCACAACCCAGCCAAAUCCGCCCGUCCCCUGUACGACGACUCUUUGCCCACUUAGCAGCUGCUGACUUACUAGUCACUUUUGUGGUUAUGCCCCUAGAUGCCAUCUGGAAUAUCACUGUUCAGUGGCUGGCCGGGGACAUCGCAUGUCGGACACUCAUGUUCCUGAAACUAAUGGCCAUGUAUGCUGCAGCUUUCCUGCCUGUGGUGAUUGGACUUGACCGUCAGGCAGCUGUACUCCACCCGCUUGGACCCCGCUCAGCUGGAAGGAAACUUCUGGGGACGGCCUGGGGACUUAGUUUCCUGCUUGCCUUGCCCCAGCUGUUCCUGUUCCACACCGUCCGCCGAGCUGGCCCAGUCCCCUUCACUCAGUGUGUCACCAAAGGCAGCUUCAAGGCUCGAUGGCAAGAGAUCACCUAUAACCUCUUCACCUUCUGCUGCCUCUUUCUGCUGCCACCGACUGCCAUGACCGUCUGCUAUAGCCGCAUUGUCCUCAGUGUGUCUAGUCCCCGGACAAGGAAGGGGAACCAUGCCCCUGCCGGUGAAUUUGCCCUCCGUCACUCCUUAGACAAUCGCUCCCGUGUUCGUCUGCGGGCCCUGCGACUGGCCCUACUUGUCUUGCUGACCUUCGUCCUCUGCUGGACACCUUAUUACCUGCUGGGCCUGUGGUACUGGUUCUCUCCCACCAUGCUAACUGAAGUUCCCCCCAGCCUCAGCCACAUCCUUUUCCUUUUCGGCCUCCUCAAUGCUCCUCUGGAUCCUCUCCUCUAUGGAGCCUUCACCCUUGACUGCCGAAGAAGGCACCAGGAACUUAGUAUAGACUCUUCCAGGGAAAAAGGUUCUGAGAGAAUGCCCCGACAGGAGAUUCAGGCCCUUAGACAGCUGCAAGUACAAACAAACAUGGCAGCAGGAAGGACAGGAGAAACAAGAGAGACAUUCCUGUAACAUCCAUUUGCAUGGAACAGAGUAUACAGGAACAAAAUAAUUAUGCUUUAAUAUCUC